CGUCACCGGCGCGGACCGCUCCGCGCCCAAGAGGUUUUGGGGCUGCAAGGCAAACCAAAUCCUUGUGCGUCUAGACCGCAUGACGCAGAUAUUUCCAGGGCAAGGCGGGCACUUGGGGUGGCCUGGAGCCAUUGCAAAGUGGGGGGAGGUACCCUUCUCUGGAGAUCACCGUGGGAGGUGACGCGGGGCCAGAUCCACCAUGGGUGCAGAGACACAUCGGUGGAGCAAGGCUGGCUUCACGUUGGCUGAAGGCUCCAGCCCCCUCACAAGCCUGUUUGAACCUCUUUAGAGCAUGAGGUGUCAGAGCCUGCUCAGUGGGGGACAGGUAGACAGGUCCUCCUGCCUGGUGAUGCUCACUGCGGAGCGGGGAGGACGGCCGGGAACGGGGGUCUGCCCUCAGCACCUCCAGCCUCACCUUUCUGCCUCUCCUCUGCCAGGUUUCCGGGAUGUCCACCUCCAAACUCUUAUAGGCUUUGGCUUCCUGAUGGCCUUCCUCAGCCGGUACGGCACGGGGAGCAUGGCUGUCAACUUCCUCGUCGCGGCGUUUGCCAUCCAGUGGGCCAUACUGAUCCAGGGUUUCUUCUACUCCUUCCUGAAUGGCAAGAUUUACAUGGAAGCGCAGAGCAUGGUCAAUGCUGAAUUCUGCGCUGGAGCCAUCCUGAUCUCAGUUGGAGCUGUUCUGGGCAGGGCAAACCCUCUCCAGAUGCUGUUGAUGACCCUGCUGGAAGUCAUCCUUUUUACUGUCAAUGAAUACAUCCUGCUUGACCUCAUGGGGGUAAGCGACAGCGGGGGCUCCUUGACCGUCCACACCUUUGGUGCUUAUUUUGGCUUGAUGGUUUCAAGGAACUUGCACCAGCCCCAUUCGGACAAGAGGAACCAGCAGCAGGACAUGGGGCACUAUCCAGAUGUCCUUGCUGCAGUUGGAACCAUCUACCUGUGGAUCUUCUGGCCUGGUUUCGCCUCGGCCACCACAGUCCGUACCAGCGCUGAGCCCUGGGCAGUGCUGAACUCCUACCUCGCGCUGGCAGCAAGCACCCUGGCCACCUUCGUCAUCUCCCCUCUCCUCCAUGAGGAAGGCACGCUGCAGAUGACCCAGGUUCAAGAUGCCACCUUAGCCAGCGUGGCCAUGAUGGGCAUGGCGGGGGAGAUGCUGCUCGCUCCUUUCGGGGCCCUCAUCACGGGGUUUCUGGCCGGCCUGAUCUCCCCACUCGGCUUCACAUUCCUCACGCCCGUCCUGUGCUCCAGGCUGAAAAUCCAGGACACGUGCGGAGUUCACAACGUCCAUGGCAUGCCGGGGAUCCUGGGUGCCUUGCUGGGGACGCUGCUCACGGCACUGGCCACCGCUGAUGCUUACGGCAACAGGAUGGAGCUCGUUUUCCCGCACGUAGCUGACGGGAGCCGAUCAGCCACCUACCAGGCAGUCUGCCAGCUCUGCGCGCUGCCCGUCACCCUGCUGCUCGUGGUGCUCGGAGGGAGCGUGGCGGGAGCCAUCCUGAAAAUGAAGAGGCUGGGAUCUUCCCUGGACAUGCCGAACUGGGAAAAUGAGAUGCACUGA